GUGAGCGGAAGCUUUCGCUGAAAAAACAAGCGAAAAAUAUCCGCUUCGAGGGUCCGUCCAAUCAGUUGAUAUAACACGAUUAUUAGUAUUCGAGCGGAUAUUCGACGUGUUCGGUGCAUUGUAGAGCCAGAGAACAGAAUUUCAACAUGGGACGUAAUUCACCCGUUUACUCCAAUUACGAGGACUUGCACGCCUCAGAGCUGCCUUCGGUCUCCAACUCCCAUGCGGUGAGCAUUAUGAGACCAGAGCAAAUGCCUGAGCCGGAAUAUCAACAAACAAAUGUCAAAAGUGGUUCUCCGCCGGAAUACCGGGGAUUCAAGACGUCUGAGAACGAGCCCUUAGGCUGCAUGGAACUGAUAGUGAUAACGCUUUCAGUGCUGUUCUUCAUUUUGACGUGCCCGAUUUCCGUGUUCUUCUGCUUGAAGAUUGUGGCCGAGUAUGAGCGUGCGAUCAUAUUUCGGUUGGGCCGUUUGUGCGGCGGUCCCCGUGGUCCGGGCAUGUUCUUCGUGCUGCCCUGCAUCGAUCAGUACCGCAAGGUGGAUUUGCGCACGGUUACAUUCAAUGUGCCGCAGCAGGAGAUGCUGACCAAGGACUCGGUGACGGUGACUGUAGAUGCGGUCGUCUACUAUCGCAUCCAUGAUCCACUGUACGCGAUAGUGCGUGUGGAGGACUAUAGCACAUCGACCCGUCUGCUGGCUGCCACCACACUGCGCAACAUUGUGGGCACGCGCAAUCUCACCGAGCUGCUUACCGAGCGCGAGACCCUGGCCCACAACAUGCAAUUAACCCUGGACGAGGCAACCGAGCCCUGGGGCGUCAUGGUGGAGCGUGUAGAAAUCAAGGAUGUGUCGCUGCCCGCCUCUAUGCAGCGCGCGAUGGCCGCCGAGGCGGAGGCGUCACGCGAUGCCCGCGCCAAGGUGAUUGCCGCCGAAGGCGAAAAGAAGUCAGCAACUGCCCUUAAGGAAGCCUCUGAUGUCAUUUCCUCCAGUCCAUCCGCUUUGCAGCUUCGUUAUCUGCAAACGCUGAGCAGCAUUUCAGCAGAGAAGAACUCAACUAUUGUGUUCCCACUGCCCAUGGAGCUGCUGACCCCGUAUCUGGCCAAGUAUUCGCCAAUGGCGUCGUUGCCACCAAAGCCUUUGCAGCUAUCAUCAGAUCUGCUCAAUGAACAGCAUGCUACAUAUCCUCAGCAAACAAUUCUAUAAUUGAUGCGUACAUAUACAUAUGUAUAGUCACUCAACAGAGCAGAUAACAGAUAACUGAUAGCAGAGUAUUCGUAUGUGUGUGGGCUCAUGGUACGUCAUAGUCGAGCAGUCUCGAACAGAGCACGGUAAAUAACAGUGCCCUGAACCCACACAUGCAUACUCUGCUAUUAGCUAUCUGCUAUGUGCUCUGUUGGGUGAGUAACAUUUCUUGUAGAUGGAACUUACUCAUCACACUCAAAGAACGUAAUAAUGGCAUUCAUUGUUGGGCAUUUGUCUUAGCUUAAGUCUCUCGUAUUUCAAGUAAACGAUCUUUACAUUCAUUAAA